AUGUAUGCAAACGACCAGCAAAUCCAAAGCAUGACCAAGCAAGGGCUGUUCAAUCGAUUGGCAACGGUUUUCUUCUACUUGACUGAUGUUGAAGAAGGCGGCGAGACAAAUUUCCCUCGAACAGAUGGCCUGCCCCAGCCAGUGGACUUCAGCGAUUGCAGCAAAGGAAUAUCUGUGCAUCCUACGCGUGGUCGCAUCAUCAUUUUUUAUUCGCUGCAUCCUUCCGGAGAAGCAGAUGAGUAUUCCCUGCAUGCAGGAUGUGAGGUGAAACAGGGAACUAAAUGGUCUGCAAAUAAGUGGAUAUGGAACAAACCCAUGAACUACGUUAGCGAGUGA